AUGAACCCGCCAAGUGGCGGAUAUAAUCCAAAGAGCUCAAAGUUAUUGGCUCACACGGUCGAGGUUCUGCCAAAGAACGACUCGAUCAGGAUUCCCAACAUCGACCAUUUCAGUUACGUGAAAACGCUUGGAGCCGGCAGAUUUGGAGAUGUUGUUAAAUAUGUGGACACAAGAAAUGGAUCCUUUAUAACGGCUAAACAAGUCAACUUGCAGCUUUUCAAUCAUUGGAGUCAAAACUUUGAGAAGAUCAAAUUGAGAUUUAAACAAUUUCUCGAGAAUGUCACCCGUCUCCAUACGAUUAGCCACAAUCAUGAUCGAAUCGCGAAAUUGUUUGGAAUGUAUGCGGAUAUGGAAAGACUCACGUUAUUCACAGAAUUUUGUGAGAAUGGAUCAGUGAAAGAUCGAUUGGAGAAAGGCCCAUUGUCUGAGUCGAUAGCUCUCAAAUACUUGGCUCAGACAAUCGACGCUCUGCACUAUCUGCACUCUGUGGAAUCUCCCCCUCUCGUCCAUUCUGAUAUCAAAGCGACAAAUAUCUUGCUUUCAUCCGAUGACACGGUCAAGUUAUCGAAUUUCGGAUUGGUGAGGGAUUUGUGUAUCGGUGGAUAUGGAAUGGCGAUGGCUGCUGUGGUGGUACCUGAUGCGAGAGCAUCUCUCCUUUAUCUCGCGCCGGAAGUGCUGCUGAGCGAGUUAGGGCCGGGUUAUCGGAGUUCGUAUUCUCCACCCUCCGAUAUUUGGGCUCUUGGCUGUACCUUUGUCGAAAUGCUGACUGGUCGACCCCCAUACGGAGAAUUUUUCGAUCAUGGAACAACACAAAAAGAACUCGUGGAAAAAUUGAAAGGACCCUUGCAUAAAAGAUUACCGUACACUGGUGUGUCAGUGUUACCGUUGAGCUCGGAGGGAGCGCAUCUUGUUUGUGAUCGGAUAUUCGAAGAGGAUCCAAGGCAACGCCCAACUGCUGCUGAGUUGAAAACUUUUCUGACAACAAUUGACGAUGUGCCAUCAUCAUCAAAAACAAGAGCUGCUACUUAUGAAAGUGUUGAGUGCAUCGCUGUCCCCUCAGCCGAGAUCGUCUCCGAAAUGUACGCCGACGCACCAACAACAUCCACUGACGGUCAACGAGAGAGGCAGCAAACGGGUGGCAGUGAGAAAUAUGCUCCAAUGGAGACAUUAUUGAAUGGAGCGACGCGGAAGAGUAGCCGGAAGAAAAGAAGGCGACGACGACGAACGGCACUCGAGAGGAGCUGGAUCUGUUGUGCUGUCUACGGGUCUCGAUGCACUUACUUUUUAGGUAUUCUAACAAAAGCCAUCUUCUAUGUAUUAAGUUUUAUCACGGUUGGCCUCGGCGCGUUGGCCGUUUUCCUUCUCAUUGCUUGUGCGUUAGUUUGGCUUGUUCGUCAAGCGAUCUCUCAUGUGUGUGAUUGCGAUCUCAUGGAGCCCCAGUAUUUGGUGAUCAGCGGAAUCUUUCUCAUUCUACUUUUUGCGUUGCUUUUCAGUUGUUGUAUGGUUGCCCUUGGAGAGUACAAAUUUCGAAAGGCGAACAACAGCCUGAAGAAGUCGAGAUUCUGGAUGGAGAGACCCGAGAAUGGAGUGAAAUUUUGUGGACUACAGAUUAUCAAUCCGCCCGAGAAAAGGGAAAGUGAGGAUUCGGAGUUGGACGAGGAUCUAGAGCUUGGUUCUCCCCUGCCCGUCAUCUCACCAAAUCACGAUUUCCUCAAAUAUUAUUCUUCCGAACCA